UUUGACGGUUGUGAAUUUUUCUCCAUGUUGGAUGUGUUGAUAUUAAUAUUAAUUUUUCCGUGUUCCAAAUCUGAAGCUUCCGAUCCGCGACAUCUCCUCCUGUUUGGCUACCAUUUUGUCUGCUGUAAAGUUUACAUGGAAAGAUGGAGCUGACUUGGCACUACAGCCUAGGCCUAGCCGGGUUUUUAUAGAAAGAAAUGUUUACUGACCCAGGCCCAGCUAGCCGCAUGAUGGUACCAAGAGAAGUAGGGAUCGAAUGGAUAUAAAUCAAAACCACACCAUGUCCACCACUACACUACAUCUCGCAUUUAUUGCAAUCCAAAGCUCUGGCCUGGCUCAUUGAAGUCAUAAAGAGGACCUAUUUCUCGUAUAUGAAUCUAUGUCUUGGAAUAUUAGUCUCCUGAUUUCUCUGACAAAAGUGGAGUUUCAAGACUGAAAACUGAUGCUGAUUUUUUGAGAAAGAGGAAUUUGGACAUUUUCUUUAAAAGUACAAUAACGCAUCUAUUUUAACUGUGUGCUUCCAAGAAAAAUUUUAUUCUAAAAUGCCAGUUCUCAUUUAUAUUAUGUUAGUCACAAUUGUGGUGGUUAGAAACGAAGCAGCUGCAGCAACAAGGAAACCGAACAUUGUUAUCCUGCUGGCAGAUGACAUAGGAUAUGGUGACAUAGGUUGCUUUGGUAAUACUACAAUUCGUACACCACAUAUUGACAGCCUUGCCAAAGAUGGAGCUAUGCUGACACAUCACCUAGCAACACCAUUAUGCUCGCCUAGCAGGGCAGGUUUAAUGACAGGCAGAUAUCCAAUACGCUCAGGCAUGGUAUCCUUUAAUAUGCUACGGAUUGUGCCUUUCAUCAAUUGCAAUUCAGGGCUACCGCCCAAUGAAAGUACUGUUGCUGAGUUAGCGUUAACAACUGGCUAUAAAACUGGUUUAAUUGGAAAGUGGCAUUUGGGACAUGCUUGUGAUAGUGAAGGAAAUUGUUCUCAUCCAAAUGGACAAGGCUUCAACUACUUCUACGGACUUCCAUUGACAAACCUGAAAGAUUGCGGUGGAAAGACUAAUGUGUUUAUCGCUUGGGAUGCCCAUAUUUACCGUGACCUCUUUCUGAUGGCCUUAUUGCUUUCAAUAUCAGCCAUUGCUCUGUAUAGGCAUGUUUACAUAGAUAAACGUUCUCUAAUUGGCUGCUUAAUCUUCACAUGGGUGUUGAUUGGAAGUGUAUAUUACUUCAUUAACUCCAUUCAGAUCAUGAACUGCAUUUUGAUGGAGAAUCAAAAGGUUUUAGAGCAACCUCUAACAUACGACAACCUAACUCAGCGACUGACAAAUCGUGCUAUAUCUUUCAUGGAGAGGCAUCAGGAAGAUCCAUUUUUUCUCUUUAUGUCGUAUCCUCAAGCUCACACUGAGCUUUUUGCCUCUGAAACAUUUCAAAAUCAAAGCAAACAUGGAAGAUAUGGAGAUGCAGUUGAAGAAAUGGAUUGGAGUAUAGGAGAAGUACUAGGAACGAUAGAUAAAUUGGGCUUGCGUAAUAACACAUUUGUUUAUUUCACCUCGGAUAAUGGUGGCUUUAUGGAGGAACGUGGAGAUGAUGGAGAGCGGCAGGGUGGCUACAAUGGACCAUUCAAAGGUGGUAAGGCCAACACCUGGGAAGGAGGUAUGCGAGUUCCAACUAUUGUACGUUAUCCUGGUGUAGUACGCAGCAACAGCAUCAUAUCACAACCGACGCAUGUGUUUGAUAUGUACCCUACAAUUGCAUCAAUACUAGAUACCCCACUACCUUCAGAUCGGGUCAUUGAUGGAAAAGAUUUGCUACCAUUGCUAAACGAGCAGAAUAAAUCAUCACCACAUGAAUUCAUGUUUCAUUAUUGUGGCGGAUAUUUGCAUGGUGUUCGCUACAUACCAAAAACAGGUAACAAGAUCUAUAAAGUUAUGAUGACAACAACAAAAUUAAAUGUAAAUGAACUGGGAGAGAGAGGAUGCUGGAAGACCUAUGUAUGCCAAUGUUAUGGUUCUUCAGUAGAAUUCCACAACCCUCCUCUUGUGUUUGACAUAACUACUGAUCUAACUGAGGAUAACCCUCUAGAUUCAAAUGAUCCUGAAAUCAAAGAGAUAAUUCAGAAGUCAUUAGCAGCAGUUGAUGAGCACAAGAGAUCAUUGACUCCUGUCCCAAACCAAUUUCAUCCUUUAAGACUUGUUCCAAUUCCAUGGCAGCAGCCUUGUUGUGGCACAUUUCCAUUUUGCAGUUGUAAAGAAGAUAGCAACAUCAACUCAGACAGUCACAUUCUUAAGCCUUUGCCAAGAUCUCCAAUUACCGAAGAACUCAGUAGCAAUUCAUGAUGAUGUCCCAGAAUUGUCUCUUACACUGUGGCAGUAUGUCCUACAAUGCAAGAUUAACAGAAGGGUCAUUGAAGUUGUUGAAGGGAUUACAAGGGAAUCAGACAAUCAUUUUUUACACCUGUUAUUCUUAAUUUAGCAGUUUUGCAUUUGUUUCUAAUAUUUUGGGUUUAUUUUCUGGUAUGAAGAGUAAUUACAUAAAUUCUGCUUAUAAAAUUGUUAUAGUCAUUGUGUACUGUGUAUGUAGUACUAUGAUUAUUGUGAAUUGGGGCUGGUGGUUAUAAUAUUUAUAUGACUUGUUAAAAGCAUUAAUUUAUAAAUUUCUCAUCCAUUUGAUUAUUAUUUGACAAUCUGGAAUAAUAGGUUAUUUGCUUAAAUGGUGAAUACCCAUCUCAGGAAAUUAUGUUUUAUAGAAUGAGUUGCAUUUAAAAAGGUAAAUCAACAAAUUCUCAAGGUUUUCUUUAUGGAACACAUAUUGAACAUACUGUAGAAUUUUUCAUCCUGGGCAUCGAAUAUAAAUGCCCCACAAAAUUCAAGCUUCUUUAUUUACCAAAAGAUAUAUUUCAAAUAAAAUUAUCUGCUAAACUACAUAAAAUUAUUUACAUAAAUGAUGGGCAACUGUAUAUCUGUCUGUUACAGACUGAAUAUUAUUAUUGGGCUUUAUGUAUUAUGCACUACUUUUAUUAGAGAAGGUGUAGUGGCCUUCAUUUAGUGCUUUGGAACAUCCAUUUAACACAUGAAAGGUUAUUGGUUCUUGUUUGCAGAUAAUGUUUUGAUUUUCUAAUAGUAUAGGUUACAGUUUCUCUGGGUAAGGUGUCUAGAAAUAAUACGCAACUAGAUUUGAACUCGUCACUGAGGACGAGUUAGGUGAUCCGCCGCACUUUGACCCUCGAUGAAGUGUGCUCGGUGCAGAUUGAACAAUUUUUAAAUGCUGAAAACGGCCUAUUGUAUACGCUAAUUCAUUUUUUUUUUUAAAGAAUUUGGAGCGUUUUAAAAGAUAUACUCAUGCGCACAUUGUGACGCACAUGCGCACGUUGUGAUGCACAUGCGCAUGGUAAUGUCACAAAAUGUUCACUCCUGAUAAGAGAUAUAUGUAUCAACUCUCAUUGACAAACGUCUGUUGGUGGGGGACUUAUUAUCAUUCAUAAUAUUUACCAUAUAUAAAAAUUUAGUUUUUUGAAUUUUUAUGGCAAUAUGAUGAUGUCACAAUGUCCGAUCAACCAUAAUGAUCUAUAAAAUCAUAUCUACUCAUGUGCUUUCAGAAUAUGUAAUAAAGAUUGGGGGUCACCUUUCAUCCUAAGGAGCUAUAACUAAAUAAAAAUAUUCAUGAUUUUAAGCAUAUAUAUAAUUUGACGCACGCACACGUUAUGACGCGCGCACGAAAAAUUAAGGUACAUAACAUUCAACCUUUACCUGAAGUUUAUGCUUACUAAAUAUAAUUCAGAAAUGAUAAUUGGUUAAGAUGAUUAUGGGGUUAUCUAAUUUUUGAGGAAAGAAAGAUGAUGGGGGUCAGCAAAAGCAUUUAUUUUGACCAUGAUAACGUCAUCAAAAUGUAGAAAGAAGUUGUAUAUAUGAAAGAGAAUUGUCUCAGGUAUAACAUACUCAAACUUGGGAGAAGAUCGAUCAGGGAUAAGCGAAAUAAGCUCAAAUGCGUAUUUUCAAAAAUGAUGUCAGAUAAACUUCAGUUUUAUAGAAUUCAGAUGGCAAUAUGAUGACGUCACAAUGUCCGAUCAGCCAUUAUUAUCUAUAAAUUAUAUUAACAACUCAUGUACUUUCAGAAUAUGUAAUAAAAAUUGGGGGUCACCUUUCAUCCAAAGCAGCUAUAACUGAUUAAAAUUAGGCCUGAUUUUAGCAUAUUUUUACGGUAUAUCAGCACAAACGUGAGCAAAGGUCCCUAUGUUUGAUGCACAUGUACAGCAUUGCUAUUGGCCAUAUGAUGACCUAAAAUAAUGGAAAUUUGUUGAAACAAUGUCAGGAACCCAAAAUAUAUAAAAAAUACGUAAUUUCUUGUUUCCGUACAUGCUAAAAAGUGUUUUUGAGCAUUUUAAAAAUUUUGAUGCACGUAAAAUAUUUCGGUACGUGGUAUUCCUACUAAAUAUGAAUGACAAAUGACAAUAGG